AUGCGCAAAUGCAAUUACGAGCUGACCAUGGAGAUGCAAGCACACUUACAGGAUUCCACUUUGGUACAUUGUCUCAGUGAUAUUAACCUGAUGGAGUUUUCGCAAAAGUACGCUCUGGCUCCAGCUGAGGACACUGAUGAGAGUUCCUCCUACCUAAGCGACUCGUCUUGGAGCAGGGACCUGCGGGACGACGUGCGCACUGCGCAGCUUCUCACCCCGGACCUGGUGACGGGCUCACCGGGGUACUACGGCCGCCACGCCAAGUCCAAACGGAGGAGGAUCAUCACCGUCGUCCAGCGGCAGGCAGCCAACGUCCGGGAGAGAAAGCGGAUGUUUAGCCUGAACGAAGCCUUCGACGAGCUGAGGAGAAAGGUGCCCACGUUCGCCUAUGAAAAAAGACUGUCCCGGAUCGAAACACUGCGCCUGGCCAUCGUCUACAUCUCCUUCAUGACGGACCUGCUGGAGAACACCUGA